AUGACAACAAUUAUAAUAUCAGAUGAUGAAGAAAUAUCUCAAGAUUUUAAACAAAGUGAAGGAGAUUCGAAGGGGAUCAUUAUCCCCUUCGAAUCUAUAGGAGAGAUAAAUAAAGUAUUGUCGAAAUUUGGAACUAGUAUAAGUACCGUUAAUAAUGACACUGAAAUAGCUGUAAACACUACUAGUGUUAACAAAGCAUAUAAGAGUAUAAAGAAAAUUAAUGAACAAGUUACUAAUACUUCAUUACCACAACCGAGUUCUUCUAGAUCUACGAUAACAUUGAGCGAAGAGAGAAUGACUAAUAUUACAGCUAAAGCUACUAAAGAAGAAGGAGAAAAGAAGUGUAAAAUAAAUGACGUCAAUAGUAAUAAUUCAAAAUUUUCAGGGUCUAAAACAUUUGAGAAUGUAACUACUGGAGAUAACUUAACAGGAAAGUUAAAAUACAGCCCCGUGUGUGAAAAUACCAAUAUAUCAAAGCACGGGUCAACAUCAAAAUUACUUCCAAAUAAUACUCAGCAAAGUGAAAUCAGACAAAGUCCACUAGUGAUAAAUAUUUAUUAUAAUAAUACUAAAGAAUUUGCCGUAAACAACGAUUUUAAUAAUGAAAUGUCUUCAAAUACUCCUACUCCUAAUACUAAUACUACAAAUGUGAUUGGCAAGACAAUUCAUGAUAAUUAUAUUAAAAAUUGUGCACAGUCCAGCUAUUUUGAUGUUCGAACUUUGCUGAAAUUUCGAACAUUAAAAUAUGCAAAUAAAAGUAUUGAAAAUCAAUUUAGACGUAUUUGUCUAAAACAAGGAAAAAAUUCAAAUAAGUCCAUCAAGCGUAAGAACACAAAUUCAAUAAAUCAUUUAGAUGAAAACAUGGCCAAGAUAAGAAAUGCUAAAAGUGGUGUACAGUCUUCUCAGACUACAACAAAUAUAUUACCUACAUCUCAACAAGCUUCAGCACCUUUGGAUCUAUCACAAAAUUUAGAAGCGCAACCUAUAGCUUCAACAUCAUCUGCAUGUCCUCUACAAAAUCACAAUCAACCAAGUUCAAAUCCUGAAAAUUUUAAAGAAAAAUAUAAUAGUAUAAUACAAGAAAACAAUGAACACACAGUAAAGAAGAUUGAACAGAAUAGUUGCAACAGUAAUAGUAGUAAAGAAGCAAUCGUGAGUGUAGAUUAUGGAGAGCAAAAUUCCGAUUCUGAUUCUGAUGAUACUGUGGUACUUCAUGUGUAG